UAACGCAUAGCAUUUAAACUAGCGGACUUUAUCGCUAACACGUUAGCAUUUAAACUAGCGAACUUUAUGCUAACGCGUUAGCAUUUAAACUAGCUAACUUUCUUUUUUAGCGAGUUUUUACACAGACGGAUGAAUAAAGUUUAGCGGCCGAACGAGAGUGACAGGACAUGAGAAUAACUGAACACAUUGAGCAGACUCAGCAGUUACUUCUGAGAUGAUGACAUGACGCCAGCGAUGCACCCCGAACCUCUACCUUCUAUCUUCUUAUGGGGUUGCAGCGUGGUCUGCGAUGGCUGUGUCACUCUGCUGCCGUGGGACGUUCCUCUCGGCUGUGACCUUCUCACUUUUCUGUUUCCUGCCUCACAUCACUUCCUCCCUCAGCUUGGAGGAUCCCAACGUGUGCAGCCACUGGGAGAGUUACUCGGUGACGGUGCAGGAGUCGUACGCUCAUCCCUUUGAUCAGAUUUAUUACACCAGCUGCACCGACAUCCUCAACUGGUUCAAGUGCACCAGACACAGGGUGAGUUAUAGGAUAGCAUAUCGCCGAGGAGAGAAAACCAUGUAUCGGAGAAAGUCCCAGUGCUGCCCAGGCUUCUACGAGAAUGGAGAGAUCUGUGCUCCCCACUGUGCGGAGAGCUGUGUCCAUGGUCGCUGCAUGGCCCCCAACACCUGCCAGUGUGAACCAGGCUGGGGGGGCUCCAACUGCUCCAGCGCAUGUGACAGCAGCCACUGGGGUCCACACUGCAGUAACAGAUGUCAGUGUCAGAACGGAGCGCUGUGCAACCCCAUCACCGGAGCCUGUAUCUGCAGCCCCGGAUACAGAGGCUGGCGCUGUGAGAGCCAGUGUGAAACGGGUACCUAUGGUAACGGAUGCCAACAGAAAUGUCAGUGCCAGAAUGGUGCCACCUGUCACCAUGUGACCGGAGAAUGCAAGUGCACACCGGGAUACACUGGAGCUUUCUGUGAAGACCUGUGUCCUCCUGGUAAACACGGGCCACAGUGUGAGGAGCGAUGUCCAUGUCAGAACGGGGGACAGUGUCACCAUGUGACUGGAGAGUGCUCGUGUCCUGCAGGAUGGAUGGGUACAGUGUGUGGUCAGCCAUGUCCAGAGGGAAGAUUUGGACAGAACUGUUCCCAGGAAUGUCAGUGCCACAACAACGGCUUCUGUGUGUUGUCUACGGGACAGUGUCUCUGCACCCCGGGGUACAUGGGAGAACGGUGCCAGGACGAGUGUCCAGUUGGAACCUACGGUGCUGGCUGUGCAAAGACGUGUCGCUGUAAGAACAACGGCAAGUGCUACCACACCAACGGCGCGUGUGUGUGUGAGCCAGGAUACACCGGGGAGAUAUGUGACGUCCGACUGUGCUCUGAAGCUCACUACGGCCUUCACUGCGACAGGAAGUGUCCAUGCUCCACAGUGAACACGCGGAGCUGCCACCCUAUGACAGGAGAGUGCACAUGUCAGCCGGGCUGGUCAGGACUCUACUGCAAUGAAACCUGCACUCCAGGCUUUUACGGCGAGUCCUGCCAGCAGGUGUGCCAGUGCCAGAACGGUGCCGACUGCCACGGUGUGACCGGAGAGUGUAUCUGUGCUCCAGGCUUCAGGGGUCCCAACUGUUCGGUGCCGUGUCCAGCAGGGACGUAUGGAGACAGAUGCUCCUCCAGCUGUAACUGUAAGAACCGAGCCCAGUGUUCACCUGUGGAUGGAUCAUGCUCCUGUAAACCAGGGUGGCAUGGUGUGGACUGCUCCAUCAACUGUCCAAGUGGAACCUGGGGUCUGAGCUGUAACCUCACCUGCAAGUGUGGGAGAGGAGGAUCCUGUAACGCCCUGGACGGUCACUGCACCUGUGCUCCUGGCUGGAGAGGAGAGAAGUGUGACCUCCACUGUCAGGACGGCACCUAUGGUCUGGACUGUAAGGAACGCUGUGACUGCAGUCACGCUGACGGAUGCCACCAUUCCACUGGUCACUGCAGCUGUCUGGCUGGAUGGACAGGUAUCCACUGUGACAGUGUGUGUGCAGAGGGCCGCUGGGGCCCAAACUGCUCGCUCCCGUGUAACUGUAAGAACGGAGCGUCCUGCUCUCCUGAUGAGGGCACCUGUGAAUGUGCUCCAGGAUACAGAGGCACCACCUGUCAGAGGAUCUGCUCUCCGGGUUACUUUGGUCACCGCUGCAGUCAGACGUGUCCACAGUGUGUCCACAGUAAUGGACCCUGUCACCACAUUACAGGACAGUGUGACUGUCUGCCAGGCUUCAAGGGGACGCUGUGCAACGAGGUGUGUCCCAGCGGUCGCUAUGGGAAGGCCUGCAUGUUGAGCUGCAGCUGUACCAACAACGGCACGUGUAACCCCAUCGAUGGCUCCUGUCAGUGUUAUCCAGGAUGGAUCGGCAGCGACUGCUCUCAGCCGUGUCCACCUGCUCAGUGGGGACCCAACUGCAUCCACACGUGCAACUGUCACAACGGAGCCUACUGCAGUGCUUAUGAUGGAGAAUGCAAGUGCACACCUGGAUGGACUGGCCUCUACUGCACACAGCGCUGUCCUUUAGGUUUCUAUGGGAAGGAUUGUUCUCAGACCUGUCUGUGCAGGAACGGAGCCGACUGUGACCACAUCUCAGGACAGUGCACGUGUCGCACCGGCUUCAUGGGACGACACUGUGAGCAAAAGUGUCCCCCUGGCUCAUACGGUUACGGCUGUCGACAGGUGUGUGACUGUCUGAAUAACUCCACCUGUGACCACAUCACUGGUACAUGUUACUGUAACCCAGGCUGGAAAGGAGCUCGCUGUGACCAAGCUGCUGUGGUGGUGGUGGGCAGCCUCAACAGUUUGACCAGUGCAGCCAUGCAGGUGGACUCCUACCAGAUCGGAGCCAUCGCAGGGAUCAUUGUCCUGGUGCUGCUGGUGCUCUUCCUCCUCCUCCUCUUCAUCAUUUACAGGAAGAAGCAGAAGGGGAAAGAGCCCACCAUGCCGGCCGUGACCUACACGCCUGCCAUGAGGGUCACCGCUGAUUACACCAUCACAGAUGCUCACCCAGCAGCAUGUGAGGGUUACCCCAGCAGCUACUUCUCCAACCCCAGCUACCAUACUCUGACCCAGUGCAUCAGCCCCCCACAUGUCACCAAUGGACCAUAUGGAAAGACAAAGAACAACCAGCUGUUUGCGAAUUUGAAGAAUGUGGAUCAGAGGAAAGUGGCUCCUCGACCUGACCACACAGGCACACUGCCUGCAGACUGGAAACAAGGAGACAGCUCUGAUGAACUGGGAGCUUAUGGAAUUGAUAGGAGAUACACUGGGAAAUCAUUACGAGAUCUGGCAAACGGCGCGCCGUAUCACGCCAGCUCCUGCUCCCUCAGCAGCUCAGAAAACCCAUAUGCCACGAUAAAGGACCCCCCGAUACUGACGGCCAAAAACACCGAGUGUGGCUACGUGGAAAUGAAGUCACCGGCCAGGCGUGACUCCAUGUACGCAGAGAUCAGCAACAGCAGCCCCACCAACAACCGCAAUGUCUACGAAGUUGAGCCGACGGUGAGCACCAUCCCAUCCACUGCAGACGGCAACGGCCACACACAGUUUGGUCAAGAUCCGUACGAUCUACCAAAAAACAGCCACAUCCUCUCUCACUAUGACCUCCUGCCUGCCAGAGAGAGUCCAUCGUCAGAGCUCAAGGAGCUGGACAGUGACUGACGGAUCAGAGAGUCAGUGCAGAGAUCGGGUCUCACACUUUCAUAGACAUAUUUACACUUUGAUAUUAUCAUUGUAAGAAUGAAUCAUGUGAGUGAGUAUAUAAGAGAUUGGGGGAUAUUUUACUACAGUAUUGAAUUCUUCAUAGGUCAUUCCAUUAUGUCGUGGAGGUUUUGAUGCUCUGAACAAAACAGUUGAUGUCGACAAAUGUGUUGCAACAAAUGCCUCACGAGUCACUCUGCAGGGACGCGACGUCUUCCAUGUCUUUAGUCUGACUUAAAAACAAACAAAGAAACCCACACACAGUUAAACGGAUCGUCGUCCUGUUUCUGACGUCGGAGCUCUUCAUUUCAAGCGCCUUUGUGACUUCUGUGUAAAAUACUCAUGACCGAUCAAAUCUUUAUUUUUAUAACGACACAAUUUGGGCAACAUUUAGGCAGGAUGGGAUUGAACGUUGUGUCACAGAUCAGGUGUUUCUGAGGUGCAGCGGGACAUGGUAACAACAUCACAUGUCAGUGUGAGAAUGAGGGUUUAUAAGUGCCAUGUAAUGUGUUUCAAAGCUCAAGUGAUUCCAUUUUUGAUUGAGGCUCAUUUCCAUCAUUUCUUGUUUGGUUCAUUUAUAUAUAAAUAACAUAUAUUUAUAAAAACAUAUAUCUGAUUUUCUAUAAAUAAAGAUUUGCAUAAUGUCAUGGCAGAAUUAAGACUCAAAUAUGUAAAUUAACAUUCUAAGAAUGCUCAGAAUCUCAGUUCAUUUCCAUAUCUUCAUUCACAGAAAAUGACACCGUAAUAAUAGAUAAUUAUUAUAGACUUUUUCAACAGGGAUUUAUAAAUGGUUUAUAAUGAGGUUAUUAAUUAGGUUGUUAAGAUUUCAUCAUCUUUUAUAAGUCAUUUCAUAAUAAAGAGCAACAGUGACCUUCAGCUUGUUGAAUAGGUUAAGUUACAAGCAUUUAACCACUGUUGUUUUUACUGCACUUUAAAUAAAACCGUAAAAACGACACUGAGACUGGGCGUGACCAGAAGAAGCUUAUGUUGAAUGUAUAUAAUGCAGCCAUUUCCAAGAGAUACUGUAUAUAAAUAAAUGAAUUAUGAUUUCAUUUUUAUUUAUUUGAUCGCAGCAAAAAAUAAGAAUCUUGUUUGUUUUUGCCAGUUGUAGACAGUAGUCGCUCAUGAGUGUUACAACUUAUCUGGAGUUGCAUAUUAAUGAUCUAUACCGUGUUAAAAACCAAAUAAAUGAUAAAAUAACCCAACUAUAAACCAUUUAUAAAUCUUUUUAGCGGUAAUCUCCGUAGUUCUAAUGACAUCAUGUACUGAAAAUAAGGAUCAAAUAUUGUUUGUCCGGUACACACAUUGUUUGUGUGUGCUAUUUAAUAAUUGUAUUAAGUUCUAAGGAUGUGAUAAACAGAAAGAGCAUGGUUUAAAAAACUAAACAAAAGACCACUAGCUGAUGGUAGCAAACACCUGCUGGUGUUCAGCACACUGCAGGAACCAGAACCUGGGGCUCCACAAAACCAGAACCUGUGUCAACUUUGUACAGUUCUUAUUUUAUUUUCUACAGCAUUUUACAAACCAAUAUG